UGCUCGUAUCUACAAAAAUAAAUAUAAUAAGUAAUAAUUUGUUAUUUAAUUAAUAAAUAAUCGGUAAUACGGUUUGGAAACGAUGAACGUUAAUUUAAACAUAUUAAUAUCGUCAUUGUUGUAAUUUAUAAUUCGUAGAACUGUUUUUGCGGAAAUGCAAUACCUAGGUAUGUGUCCGGUGUUUGCGUGCAACUUUUGUGGUCGAAUGGACAUCACGUAAUGAUGUCGUACAUUUCGUGAUCAAAGUUCGUGAGCGAUUGAAUAGGUUAGGUAGCUGUCAAAACCAUGUCGUCGCUGCUACAGUCGCUGGAAGAAGUUGACGAACAAUUGGCCGAGUCACUGAUCAGCAACGGUGGUGACCAGGACAUUUUCGCCGAAAAUAACAAAGGACAAACCGCCCUGCACUUGGCGUCUGCCCGCGGUUUUAAGCAUGUGGUCGACAUUUUGUUAGACAGAGGUACAGGUGUGUGCGCUAAAGACUUAAACGGAAACACUCCGCUGCAUUUGGCCGCUAGAAAUGAUAAUCUUUCUGUGAUCAAUAGUCUAUUGUUCCGACAGCCCCAAGUUGCCUGCGAACAAAACCAUAAUGGAGAUACACCGAUGCAUAUAGCAUGUCGUUAUGGUUACCUAGAAUGUGUGAUGAAAUUAAUGGAACACAGUGGAACAGCAGACGUAGUUAAUGAAAAUCUGGAUACACCGCUGCUGGUUGCCAUAAAAGAAAAACAUGAAAAUGUUGCGAUAUAUUUACUUCACAAUGCUCCCGGAAAUUUAGACAUUUUUAAUAAUGAAGGUAAUGCUCCUAUUCAUGUUGCUGUACAAGAGGGUUUGUUAAAUGUUGUGGAAACAAUAAUAAAUAUGGGUCAUGGUUUUGAGUACCCUAAUGAUAGAGGAUUGUAUCCAUUGCAUAUAGCUACUAGAUAUGGACAUGUCGAAAUUGUUAGGUAUUUAUGCAUUGCAGGAAGUGAUCCUCAGCAACGUAGUGCAGACAACAUUAAACCUGAAAUAACUGCUAUAAAAAAUAAUCAAAAAGAAAUAGUAUCAAUAUUUACCAAAUUGAACACUAAUAGUGCAAGAGAAAAUUACAUUCAACAACUACUAAUAAGUCAUGAAUACAUACAAAACACAAAUUUGUUGUUUUUUGGACAUUCCAAUGCUGGAAAGUCAUCAAUUAUACGUUUGAUGAAACUAGGUCUGUUUUCAAUGCUUCUUGACAAAUCACGAAACACUUUAAGAACAAUUAACACCAACAGAACGAAUACGUCUCAGGGUCAGUGCAUUAAUGGAAAUGAGAUGAGUCUUACAGAAUAUAAUACUACAAACACUUCAAAUUAUUAUAAACAUGAUGGUACUAAGGGUAUAGCAGUUCAAAAGGAAAAAUUAUCGGGUAUUAACGAAUGCACAUUUUGGGACUUCUCUGGGGAAGAUACAUACUAUAAUUCUUAUCAUCAUGUAAUUCAAAAUACACCAAACAAAGUGGUUGUUAUUGUUUAUAAUGAGCAACACUCUUCUACAGAAAUUUUGAAAACUGUACGUUAUUGGCUUAGUUUUGUUCAAGCAAGACUUCAAACCACAGAACCAAUAAGUAAGAAUGGUAUUUCAAAUCAUUUAGUGCCUGUGAUAAUUGUUGCUACACACAAUGGCCAGAGGAUAUGUCAGCAACCUGACCAAUUAAUUAAAACUAUGAAAGAUGAGUAUGGACAUGUAUUUCAAAUGUACGAACAAUUAGUACUUUUUAAUAUAAUGGCAGUUGAUUCAUUAAGUGUGAAGAACUUUAAAGAAGCAAUUAGUAUAAGUAAAAAACGACUUCAUUUUGGAUACUAUCGAGGUGAUAUCAUUUGCGGUGCAAACAGUAAUGGCAGGUUAAAUAAGCUGUCAUUCUUCACCCGUGGUGGUUAUAAAUUACUUGAUGACCCACCUAGAGAAAACUAUUAUAACACUAAGUCUUCAGUUACAAGAAUUGAGAACAUUCCACGAAUGAGUGGUUUUUGUGAAGCCGUACAGAACUUUUUACCUAAACUAAGAAAAAUUGCAAAUCCGUUUCCAGUAUUGUCUUGGAAGACAUUCUGUGAUACUAUUCAUCUUGAAGUAAAUCCACUGGCUACUAUUCAACAUUUAAAUAUAUUACUUAUCCAGCUGCAAAACCUUGGUGAAGUAUUAUUCUUAAAAUCGGGAUUACAACCAGAUUUGAUUGUUAUAUCACCAAAUUGGUUUGGAUCAAGUAUAAUUGGUACACUGUUUUCAGUAGACUUUUUGAUCAGUCAAACACGUAUGUCUGGUUCGUAUCAAGCAAAUGAUUUUCAGAUUAUGUUUCCUCAUUAUGAUGCCAUGUCAGUACUUCAGCUAUUGGAAACAAUGAAAAUAUGUGUCCAAUAUGAUAAUGAUGGGGACAUUGAAUAUGAAUUCCCAGCAUAUAUCAUAAGAGAAAAAGAUGAAACAUUGUGGAAACCCUGGGGUAAUAAUGUCGUUGACUGUUGUUAUGGAGGAAUUCGUCUUAGUUCUCAACCGCAAUUUUUUGAACUUUUAACAUCAAUUUUUAUUAGAAUACAGGUUGAAUUACGAUACUUGCAAAACAAUUAUUAUGAAGAUAUGGACAGUUACCUAUAUCAAUGGUACGGUGGUACUGUAUUAUGUAUAAGCAAUAUAGAGUGCAUGGUAUCCCUAGAGCAAGAUGGUUGUAUUGAAAUAAAAAUUCGAGGUUCUAAAUCAUCAAGUUAUACCUGUUUUUAUUUUCUAGAAGAAAUAUUGCAUUCCAUUAAUCUAGUUUUGAUUGAAACAUGUCCAGGAAUGAAAGUAAUUAAAGAAUUUCUCAGUCCCUCAAAUUUAUCCGAACAUAUCCUACAGCCUCAUGGUUAUGGCGUUGAUAAUAUAUUCUAUUCAGUUCGGAAAACAUCAGAUUUCAAAUCAUUUGUUGUUAAUCCAUUAACUGGAAAAAAAGAAUGUGUAUUGGACAUAAUCGCAUUUGGAUGUGACCAGGUGGAAAACAUGUUAUCUUGUACGGAUAGUUUACCACUAACAGAACUGAAUACCAUGUGUCGCCAAGAAUUAAGUCGUCUCAUUGAUCCAGUGCACCCAUUAGGAAGAGAUUGGGCAUUGUUUGCUCUCAACAUUGGAUUGGAUUCAAAAGUUCAACUAUUUGAUAAUGGACCAACUAGUCCUUUUCUAGCACUGAUAGAUACAUGGGCAACAGUUCAACCUGAGCCAACAAUAGGUACAUUGGUUGAUCAAUUAAAUGAAUUGGGACGCGAAGAAGUAGCUCUGGUUGUGUUGCAGAAUAUACAAUGUUUUAGAAUAAAAGUCAUGGACAUUAAUAACUGUCCCGUAACAUUAAAUCAGUUAUAAAAAUAUGUUUAAAAAGAUUUAAUGUUAUUCAAUUUUGGCCACAUUAAGCACCAAGUUUUAAAUUAUUAUUUCUAGUCAAUUAAAAUUGAAAGAAAAAGUAUGAAUUUAUAUUAAACAAUUAUUUUUCCUAAACAUAAUUUAGAUACUGUGUUUUGUAUAGCAAAGAUUAUAUUAUGUUAUAUCACUUACACAUAAUUUAUGAUUUAAUUUGUAUUUCUAACAAUGUGUGAUAUGAAUUUAUUUUUAAAAUGCACUAGUGUAGUGCGAAUACUAAUUUUAGUUUUUUUUACACUUAAUUGAUUUAAUAAUAAAAAUUGGACUGAGAAGAGGAAA